UUUACCUAUUGUCAUCUGUGUGUGUUUCUAUAGUCUCCAUUCCCAGGGGAUGAUGAAGAGGAGGUGUUUGACAGCAUAGUGAAUGACGAAGUCCGCUAUCCACGCUUUCUGUCCACCGAGGCUAUCGGCAUUAUGAGAAGGCUGUUGAGGAGGAACCCGGAGAGAAGACUGGGCUCUGGUGAAAAGGAUGCAGAGGAAAUUAAGAAGCAGCCAUUUUUCAGAAAUGUGGACUGGGAGAUGUUGCUGCAGAGGAAGGCUCCCCCCCCCUUCGUCCCCUCCAUUGUCGGGAAGGAAGACGUCAGCAACUUCGACGAGGAGUUCACCACCGAACCUCCGGCACUCACGCCACCACGCGAACCUCGUGUGCUCUCCCGCAAAGACCAGGAGAGCUUCCGGGACUUUGACUACGUCUCCGACCUCUGCUAGUGGGCCUUGAAGAAGAAGAGGAAUGUUUGACUUUAAAGGCCUCACAACGGUUUUAUCUGAGCGGACCACCGGUCCCAACUGACUGUCCGCUGACUGUUUGUCUGCCGUUAAUUACACUGUGAAUGAAUGCGGAGAGACCAGAGCCAGUCGGUCUGUGUUUUGUGUGUCUACAAGUUAAAAAGAUAGAAAGCUGAGAAAAUAAAAGCCAGGACGGACAGCUGGCUGGGUUGUACAAACAAAGGCCCCAAUCCUCGUACAUCGCACCAGUGACUUGUGUAUCUUUACAAACAUUAGCCUUUUAAAUUACCUCCUCCCAUCCUCUUAUGUGUCGCUGUAUUCACCCGUGCAGCUGUGAGGAGGAGCUGCUGACUUUUUAAUGGUCUCUCAUACCAAUGCCUUACAUUUGUAUUUGAUCCACAGAAAAGCAUCAUGUUUUUAUUUUGUGGCCCGUUGUAUACAGCAGCAGGAAGAAGAGUGAGAAACCGAGAGGACCUGCUUGUGAGAGUGGGAACUGUGACGUCUCGUUCAGAAGGAAUUCAUAUUUGAAGCUUCCCCAGCAGUGGUGUGAUGAUGACCCUCAGUCAUACUGACCAAUGCUGGGCGAACUAUGAAAUAUAACUACGGGGUAAAGAAUCACUUCUUAAUUCCUUGGAAUUCUACCAACCACUUUUAAAAAUUGUGCUGCUUGGAUUUUAAUGAAUGUCACAAAUGUUACAAUUGCAAUUUUUAAGUAAUCACAUUUUAUGACCGUUGACUCCUCAUCCAUUAUUCAGUACCAACCACAUUUUUAAUUGGAAAUUGUAUAUCAUAUCGCAACCAUCAGCAUUAAAUGCUAUGUAGCAAACAGGUCACUGUAUUUCACCUUUUUUUUAUUACAAAAAAAAACUGAACACUAAAACUUGAUGCACAAGUAACAUUAUUGUGUUUGUUCAUCUGAGUUUAAGACGCAUUGCUCCAGUUAUCUACAUGCUACCAGAGUUUUGUGUACAUGAAGUAAGUAAUUUCCCCUCAAGACAUUUAUAUGUGACUUUAAACUCAACAAACUCUGGCUCUAGCAUUUGUUUUAGUGUCUGUUUUGGAGAACUGAUUCCAACAAUACAUUUAAAAGCUACCCGUGGUGGUUAUUGCAGAUGAAGUUAUCUUUGUUUCAGAUAAAACCAAUGGAUAUCUUGGUUAAUAUCUGGAAAAUCUGGGUGGUGAUGACGCAAUCAAAAAAAAAUAUUGCACAUCACAUCCCAGUGAACAAGGUAUCUUGGCAAAACAUUUCUAAAGAAACAAUAUCAUUUCAAACACAAUGAUAUAUCUUGAAAAUAUGAGCCAGUGGUAUAAACAUUUCUGAGUAGAGGCAAGGUUUGUUGUGAAGCUGUAUGUAUGAUGUGUGGAUUUUACUUAUCUUGUGUUGUGUCAAAACAAAAACCAUGUGAGAGUAUGAGAUGACUUAUUUUAUAAAGAAAGGUUGGAGUGAAUAAUCUGUCUGUGUGUUGUUUUUAGUGUACAGUAUCUAAGGACACUUGAGAGGCAAGUAAAACAGAAGAGAAAAAACUAAAACAUAGCCGUAUCAGUAGUUUUUAUUUGGGACUAAACAUCCAUUUAGCAGCAGCAUUUUAAACUGAGGUGAUGUUCUACAUUGUUUUGUGUUUUUUGCUAAAUCAAUAUUAUUCAGGGGUAUUGAGUCGUAAUAUGUGCAUAUCCUGUCAUCCUUUUUCCAAAAUGUCAAUUGUAAUUUUAAUAACUUUGACCAUAAAUUCAUCUUUUGAUUAUUUGUUAGAUUAAAUGAUAACUGUAGAGUCUUCAAAAAUGUAACAUAGUUUAUCAAAACUUGAGAACAUAUAAACCAGAUCCAAUGUUAGUGUCUCUUUGAAUUGCUUGUUUUGUCUAGUGAAAAUCUAAGGUCCAAAAGUAAUUGAUUUAAAACUAAAUAAAAUGGCUCCAUCAGCAAAUCCUUACAUUGGAGAAUAGAAGUGUGUGCUUAUUAGUUAUUAUGAUGAUUAGUUUUCUGAUCAAUAUUCCACCAAUCUCUUUAAUCAUAUAAAACA